AUGGCCGGAAAUUUUUGGCAAAGCUCACACUGGGAGCAAUGGAUUUUGGACAAGCAGGAUAUUCUGCGUAUGCGUGGUGAAGAUAUGAAAUGUAUCACAGAGGAAGAAUAUACGAAACUGAUGAUAUUUUUCUGCAAUUUUAUACAUGCCAUUGGAAUGGAUUCACAGCAACCUCAUAAAACACGGAUGCAAGUGAUUGCCACAGCGUGUGUUUACUUCCGUCGUUUUUAUGCGAGACGAUCACUGAAAGAUAUUGAUCCAUUUCUCUUGGCUCCUACUUCUUUAUUUUUGGCAUCAAAGGUUGAAGAACAUGGAAUGAUGUCACACAAUAAACUUAUACAGGCCACAAAUAAUGCUUUGAAACGAUGGCCCUUCAUACAGCAAGAUUUGAUGAUAAGAGUUCAACAUAUACAGGAAGCAGAAUUUUUUCUUUUGGAAAUUUUAGACUGUUGUCUAAUUGUUUAUCACCCAUAUAGACCACUGAAUCAGUUAAUGGCUGAAAUGGGAAGAGAGCAUAAAGAUCUCGACACAAUAUCAUCAUAUGCUUGGAAAAUUUGUAAUGAUUGUACAAGGACGGAUCUUUCGUUAAUGUAUCCUCCUCAUCAAAUUGCAAUUGCAUGCAUUUUGAUAGCAUCAGUUUGGACAAACAGAGAUAGAGAGCUGAAAAAUUGGUUUGCUGAGCUUGCAGUUGAUUUUGAAAAGGUACUGGAAAUCCAGAAAAUCAUUAUAAAUUUAUAUAGUGUAUGGAAGACAUUUGAUGAAAAAGAGCAACUAGUGGCGAUUUUGCAGAAAAUUCCACGUCCUAAUCCAGGUCCACAGUCAUCGGGUACCACAAUGAUGCAAUCACAUCCUCAUGGUAGUCUUCAAGUGAAUAACAUGAACGUACAUCAAGGUGUUAACAUGGGGCCACCACCUAUGCCUCCAGUUGGUAAUAUUAAAUUUGAAACACAUUAG